AACUGCAGCAUAUCAUACAGAUGCACUCAGGUUUCACGUUUAUGCUGAAUCGCCAGAGUGCACUGGCUUAUAUAGUUGAAACUAGGUCAAGCUUUGUCAACUUUAAAAAUCAAGAAAACACCAACAGUUUGCUGCUGUCGAGUCUCGUGACUGGGGUAACAUAUACCUCGCACACCCGCCCAGUGGCAUGUGGUUUUAACAAUAGAAGGAGGCCGACAUGAUGUAGAGCCUGUGACAAGCUGACGCGUACCUGGAGAUCGACACUGACACGCCCCUUGUAUACAUAUCAUUUACGUGUGGAUAUAUAGACAUCUUCUACACACGAGGCUGUUUUCACUGGAAUUUAUUUGUGCAACUAUCGACAACGACAACCCAGAGGAAAUGAACAUCACUGGAACGUCACACGAGCUGACAACGCAAGGUCCAAGUAAAGCACUGUUCAAGAUCGACUACGACGCAUGGCGACAGUGUAAUGAGACGGUGCUGCAGAGACCAUACCCCGAUGAUGGCCGCCUGUACUGUAACUCCACGUUUGAUGGCUGGCUGUGCUUUGACUACACCCCGGCUGGGGAGACUGUCUACAAGCCGUGUCCGGUCAAGAUCCAACCGGGUUUCAAUCCUGAAGCAUUCGGACGUAAAUACUGUAUGGAGGACGGGAGAUGGUACGUUCACCCUGACACUGGGGCGACGUGGACCGACUACAGGGCGUGUCCCCUUGGGCAGAAUGAACUUAGUGUGAUAAUGCUCUACAUCUCGGGUUAUGCAGCCUCCCUUAUCCUCUGCCUCAUCAGCAUUGUCGUCUUCAACCUGUUCAGACAGCUGAAGUGCAACCGAGUGACCCUCCACCAGCAUCUGUUUGUGUCCUACAUCCUGACUGGGCUGUUGUGGAUCCUCUACUACACCGAGGUGGCCAUGAAACAUGACGUCAUCCGAGAAAACCCGGUGUGGUGUCGAGUGUUACACGUGCUCACACAGUAUAUAACAACCUGUAACUACGUCUGGAUGCUCUGCGAGGGCUUCUACCUUCACACGCUCAUCGCCCUCGCCUUCACCAAGGAGAAGAAACUGCUGUGGAUCUGCAUCAUAUUUGGCUGGGUUUUCCCUGUGUUUCCAACGUUACUGUAUGCGUGCCUUCGUGGAACAAGUGAUACUGACAACGCCAAAUGCUGGCUAUACGAGUCCUCCAUGAUGUGGGUUGUUAUUGGUCCAGUUGUCCUCUCAAUAGUGGUCAACCUUUCGUUUCUGGUGAAUAUUCUACGCAUUCUUUGUUCAAAACUACGUGCCUUCAACUCCAGCGAAAACCAUCAGAAUAGACGUGCAGUACGGGCCAUCCUGAUCCUCAUCCCUCUGCUGGGGCUUCAGUACCUUGUCAUCCCCUUCAGGCCGAGCAGUGGUCCCAGUCCUCUCUACAUCUUCAAUAUGAUCUCAGCCUUCCUCGUAUCCUUCCAGGGCGUCUUUGUAGCGCUCAUUUUCUGCUUCUUCAAUGGGGAGGUGAUGACGGUGCUCCGCCGGAAGUGGAAUCAGGUACGCCAUAACUAUGAUCCUGGCUACUCGGAGAGACGACGCAGUCUCACUAACACUACAGCUGUACCGUGGGAGGAAAGCACAGUCGCCAUGCCACCACUGAUCAAAAACGGUAGUGGCCGUUCCUCCUCAAGGCACUUUGCCACUAAGUCACAGGAGGUCGCGGAGAUGCAAUGCAUGAUGAAUCCCAGUUCGGAUAACAACUGACAAAGACAGCGCCCAGUUCAUACAAUGUUGAGACAAGGCCUGAGACACAUGGGUAACAGUUCACGCCUUGUGAGGCAUUUCCGGGAAACCAAAGAGUUUUGACGAAAAAGAAUUCAUUUCAAGGAUAUCCAUCCACAUCCAGAUGACCAUGGAUUAAUGUGUUACUCAUAUAUACGGAAAAUUAUCUCUAGUGGCCAUUUACAGAAACUGAAGACAAAGAAUCAAAUUAUUGCAUCAAGAACUUCUAGCCUUUUUGGUCAAGUUUUUAAUUCUUGAAUGCUGUUGUUAUUUGUUAUUACGGCAAUUAUUGCGUUAAAUUGGGAAACCCAUAUCGGAACUAUUAGAAAUCCAAGAGACAUAAUUAUGUAGAUAGAGAUCAGCCAAAAGUAAGUGAAGAGGAGCAUUCUUUUCACAUCCAAUGCCAGCGUAAAGUUAUCAUUGAACCAGUAUGAACCAUUACGCUACGUAUAUAUAAACUGAAACCAGUUCUGGUGAACGACUGAAAAGCGCAAACAUGUGAUAAACCAGUUCUCGUGUUAUAUCACCACAGCGCAUCCAAACCAGUUCCGAGGAACCGGUAUAUAGUUUCUGCCCUGACACAGGGCAUGCGCGCAUUACACUGAUCAUUCCAGAGGUUAACUGUUACAUUUAGACAUGGAAAUAUUCGUUCUAAAUGCUCAGUCACGUGUUCACAUUUGAUCGCGCGAAAUCAUAAUAUGGUGCUUUUCUAUCUUCGACGUUUAUGUUGUUUUGUGACGAUUGUCACAAGCACUGUCGACAUAAUCUUCAUGUUACAUUGUCAUAGUUGAAUGUAUAGUGUAAUCAACCAUCCUCACUCACUUGACUUUAGAGAUAACUGUGGUACACUUGUAUCUAGAAGCCCUGAACAGGGCCUGUAUGUACGCUCGGGCAGACUGUCAUUCCUUGUAGGCUUAAUUAAAACACCACUUUGUUAUCAAUUAAAUUAAAUAUCACCCUGACAGCAGAGGGAACACAUCUCUCUUCACACAAAGUAAUAUGUGACUUCGUUGACGCAGUCUGACUUUGAAUAAUUAAUCAAUGCCGCAUACACUGCCGUGCUGAUGGCUAACACCUGUCUUGUUAAUGAAGAUAUAAAUCAACACAACAGAUUCAAUUGGACGAAAAAGCCAAAAUGACUAAAAUGCUCUACAGGAUCACAGAUAAUAAGAGAUGCCACCAGGUGUCAAAGUAUCACGACUCUCCACAUGACAUUGCUGUCUUCCGUUGCCCUGUAUUGUACUUGUUUCCAUAUGUCAUAUGUUUCAGCCCCCCUUUCACUCGCCCACGUACUCACUCACUCAUUCUUCACUAUACAUUAGUCUAACACUGUUGUGUCAAUCGUUCUUCACUAUACAUUAGUCUAACACUGUUGUGUCAACCCUACAAGUCUCGAACUAACGGUUGUCCCGAAGUAAUUACUUUAGCCCCUGCGUAUUCCUCACUUUUUCACCAUUUUGUGGUUGUGCCGAAGUAUUUACGUUGGUCCCGGCAAAUUCGACACAACGGUGUCCGACUGUAGAUCGUUAUCCUAUCGUGCUAACAGGAGCCAUAGCCGGGUUCCUAGAGAUGGAUGAGGCACACAGAAAGUGAGUGAGUGAGGUUUGAAUCCGAUUGAACAGAGUUUCAAUUUUGUGUCGACGUUCGUAAUAUGGGAAGGACUAUCAAGUGAAGCCGGAAUUUAAUUAGGAUAGACCCUACAUCGUUAUCAGGAAAAACUUUUAUUCGAGCAAAGCGAAUCCUGGUAUCAAAGGGAGGUAAAUAUUGCCGACAGUUGGAUGGAUGACAGUCCAGUGAGCGUACCUAGGGAUUCGGGUCUAGCCCACAUUGAAGUACAAAUGUCUCCUUUGCCGAGUGACUUCUUUAACAAGCAGUGUAUGGGUACCCCGUGGGAUGAAAUGGUAAUGGUAGUUACACUCCUGGCGGCAGUUCGGCAUGUAAACAACCAAGGGAGCCCAUAAUGAAACGUAUGAUAAUAAUGUAGGAACAUGAGAAUAGAAUCUGUAUCAUGUAAUUAAGAUGAGGAUUACGGUGCCUCAAACAACGGGCUCCGUUAUAUAACCAGGAUAAUAUAUGUAAUAAACAAAAGAUGAGAAACUGUCACUGGCAUUUAUAAUUAUUCCCAUUGUCAUACAUACCGAAUGCAUCCCGUCUCCUCAUUUGUCAGUAUUUAAUGACCUCAUCGCGAUUUUUAAUUAUAAGAGUUGCAAGAUUUUGUUUUUGUGAUCACAUGUAAUUCGAAUCUCCUUUGUAAGUGCUUGUUACGUGACUGUAUCAAGAUGUGGAUGUUCACAUAGACUCAUGGUUUCAGGCGGAGUGUACAGGAGCUAUUGUCUUAGGAUGUCCGCUGGUUUGUAGAAGGGGUAUUCAGUUUCUGGGUAAAUCAUAAACAGUUGGCAUUAAACUAACUCUCCACAUGAGAAAGUGGGUUUGGUUUCAUGGUGAUUUGAGCAUUGUUCCAGUUUUAUCAGCUUAUUCCGGAAAUCAAACCCGAGGUGAUGUUUGAUGUUUGACAAAAUGAUUCCCAUAUGUUGGUAAACAACUGUUGACACGUGCCAGUUAAUACAAACCCAGCAAAGAACCUCAGUGUAAAAUCUGUAAAUGUGCCAUCGUCUGUAAUACUUUGAGUUAAUAAAUAACCGGUCAUAUUUUUCGUAA